AUGCAAUUAGAAGGAUUCUCGCACAUAUCACUUCGCGCCAACUCACCCAUCAAAUUCGAAGAAACGCUUCAUUUCUACAACGCCUUUGCGUUCAAAAAGUGUUUGGAUCAAUUACGAUCCAAUGGCAAGGAGCAAACGAACGGUGACGACGAGGAGAAUCAUAUCCGCAACGUGUGGUUGAAACUCGAUACAGCACGCGGCAACUUGACCAACAAAUUAAUCAUCAAACUCUCGCUUUCAGCAUCAGCCGUUGACUGUGAUCAGAAACCCAAUGAGGAUGUCGAUUGGGGUUUGGAAGAACAAGUGAUCGUCUUGAUCACCAAGGAUAUCGACAAGGUCCGUUCCCAGCUGCAAGAAUUGGGCGCAUCCGUCCAAGAUGUGCCAGAGUCUGACUCGGAAAAAUUAUAUGCGCUGGAUCCGCUCGGUAACGUGUUGUUGUUCACCAACAAGCUGGCGUUCCCCGGUUUGUUGAAUGAACAGAGCCACGAAGGUGUCCCGGCAUCCAUCGAAGGCGCAGCUCAGCCUGCUGAACAGCCGCGCAAGAUUGCUGUUCUAACGUCUGGAGGUGAUGCGCCCGGUAUGAAUCCGUGUGUUCGUGCGGUCGUCCGUUAUGGUAUAUCCAAGGGUUGUGAAAUGUAUGCCGUAUACGAAGGCUAUCAAGGUCUGGUGGAUGGCGGCAGUCAGAUCCGAAGAAUGGACUGGAAAAGCGUACGAGGCUGGAUCCGUGUGGGUGGUACAUCUAUUGGCACUGCACGGUGUAAACCUUUCCAAACAUCCGAGGGACGACUCCAAGGUGCCGAGAAUCUGAUCAAAAGAGGAAUUGAUUCCAUUAUCGUAUGCGGCGGUGAUGGCUCGUUGACAGGUGCUGACGUUUUCCGAUCCGAAUGGCCAGGUCUUGUCGAUACACUCAAGGACGCAAACCGGAUUUCAGCAGAACAAGCGGAAAAGCACAAGCAUCUGACGAUUGUUGGUCUGGUUGGCAGCAUUGAUAACGAUAUGAGCAGCACGGAUAUUACCAUUGGUGCUGUGACGUCGCUGCAUCGAAUCUGUGAAGCGGUUGACUCGAUCAACACUACAGCUUUAUCACAUUCUCGCGCAUUCGUCGUCGAAGUCAUGGGUCGUCACUGUGGCUGGUUAGCCCUGAUGGCAGGUAUUGCCACGGGUGCAGAUUUUGUGUUUAUUCCCGAACGACCACCGAGCGAGGAUGAUUGGGAGUCAAGGCUUUGUAACGUGACGCAGCGUCAUCGCGAUCUGGGAAAACGCAAGACAGUUGUUAUUGUUGCCGAAGGUGCACUCGACAGCUCGCUCAAGCCCAUCAAAGCAGAUCACAUCAAAUCAAUCUUAUGCGACCGACUCGGCGUGGAUACGCGGGUUACUACGCUGGGCCAUGUUCAACGUGGUGGCUCCCCUUGCGCUGCAGACCGUGUGCUGGCAACCAUUCAAGGCGUCGAAGCCGUUCGUGCAGUGCUUACUGCAAAGAUCGACACGCCAUCCCCACUGAUUAUUUCCAGAAAUAACCGAGUUGCAACAUGUCCGCUCAUGCAAGCAGUUGAAUUAACACACGAAGUCGCCAAAGCGAUCCAAGAAAAGAACUUUGCACGGGCCAUGGAGUUGCGCGAUCCACAAUUUGCUGAAGAAUUUGACGCGUUCACAGCGAGCACGAUACUGGAUGAUUGCAACGCCAAUAUUGUACUACCUGAUCAUCGACGGUUGCGGAUCGCUAUCGUGCAUAUAGGUGCCCCGUCUGGUGGUAUGAAUGCUGCAACAAGAACUGCUGUACGCUAUGCGCUCAAUCGUGGCCAUCAUCCUAUUGCUGUGUACAAUGGAUUCUCGGGUUUGGUGCGCGGAACCAUGCAAGACGCAACUUGGAUUGGUGUGGAUGGAUGGACCUCUCACGGAGGCUCUGAACUCGGCACCAACCGUCAUGUACCCGGCAUCGACGUAGAUAUGGGCAUGGUUGCGUACCAAAUGCAGAAGAACAAGAUUCAGGGGCUGAUGGUAGUCGGUGGUUUUGAAGCAUUCUCGUCGUUGGUCGAACUUGAAAAGGGUCGCAAGUACUAUCCAUCUCUAUGUGUCCCAAUAUGCCACUUGCCGGCUACGAUUUCGAACAAUGUUCCCGGAACAGACUAUUCGUUGGGCACAGACACGUCGCUCAAUGCUAUUGUCUCAUCAUGCGAUGCUAUUGGUCAAUCAGCGCGAUCCUCGCGCCGACGUGUGUUUGUUGUCGAGGUCCAAGGCGGCAAGUCGGGCUACCUUGCUGUUGAGGCCGGAUUAGCAUCCGGUGCUAACACCAUCUAUAUUCCAGAAGAAGGUAUCACUUUGUCAAGACUGCAGUCCGACGUCAAGCAUUUGUUGGCCAUGUACAUGGAUGAUGAUGCCGAUAUGUCUGAAGGCCGUAUCAUUCUGCGGACGGAGGAUGUCAGCGAAACAUACACAACCGAUGUGAUCAGUAAUAUUCUUAAAGACGAAGGCCAUCAGCUGUUUGAUUCCCGCACAGCUGUCUUGGGCCAUAUCCAGCAAGGCGAUACACCGUCACCGCUUGAUCGCAUCCGCGCUACACGGCUCGCUAUGCGCUGUGUCCAGUUUAUUGAGGAUCAUUCAUCUAAUGCACUCGAUAAGGCCCACGGCGAAAAGCAGCCAGUACCUGUUGAGCUUACUGACUGCGACGAAUCAGUUGCUGUUGUGGGUAUUUCAGGUGCCAAUGUCAAAAAUAAUUCUAUUAAGGAGUUGCUGCCGAUUACGGACUUGAAGAAAAGAAAGCCGCGCGCUGCCUGGUGGUUUGAGCAUCGUCCCUUGGUUGACCUCCUAUCUGGACGGGGCAUGUUUACACCUCAGGCACAGAAGCUUCUCGCUGAAGAACACAACAGUGAUAAUAGCAGUAAUGAGAAUAGUAGCAACAACAACCAAUAA